AUGCCGCAACCUGACUUUGAGCAAUGCGGCAAGGAUUACAUGAACAACACAACGGCCCAAGCACUCUAUGGCUGGCAUGGCAAAGUCAUUGGUAUCAGGCCGAGCAACCGCAGCCAAAUCAGCACCGAGGGCUGUCGCGCUCUCUGCGGAACCGGCAGCGACUACUAUCCCUGGAGCCUCGCGUCGAGUACCAUCACCACGUGGAUCUUGCCCGUUGUCGGUGUCCUGCUACAAGCUCCGUUCGAGAGCAAUGCCUUUUGGCGCACCCUACUAGCCAUCGCAAGAUGGGUUGGCUCACCAAUGGCGGGCCUAGCUUACAUCCUGUGGAACAUCAAGGUCUCCGCCAAGUGCGCGCUUAUGGUCGACAUGGCCACGCGUUGCGACGACGAUAUCGCCAAUCAGGACAGCCAUUUCGCCAGCAUCCGCGACUCGUUUUACAUCCUAACCACCAUGAAUCAGUACACCAUGAGGCGCAGUGAGGCUUUGAACAAGGAGGCCGAGGGUCUGCUGCGCAUAGUCCUUUUCAGUAAGGAUAUUCAACUACGUGGCAAUGAUGGCAAGGAAAACAGCCUCAACGAAGUCCGCCGGAAUCUCGCCCGCAGGUUCCGCGCGGCUCGCAGGCGCGGCGUCGUACCCGUGUUUGUGUCCACCGGAUGGUUCCUAUUUUCCCUUGCCAUCUCGAUCCAGUCGUCCUUCGGGCAGUUGGGCCAAAAUGCAACCGCCCAUGAUCUGGCUCUCGGCCUCCUCCUUGCCUGGCUUCCCGUGCUCAUUCUCUGCAGCAUCGUCGACCGCAAUCCCGUGGCGGCAGAAGACGUGCGGAGAAAGCUGAACAAGCUCGUCGACACGGUGUGCAGGUCCCUGCAAGACGAUGAGAUCAGAGAAGCUUUCAUCGACACGUUCGAGGGCCAGCCAGAGCACGACCGCCAGCGCAUGGAGGCGUGGGUCAGAAACAUCAGCCGUCAGAGCGAGUACAUGCAAGACUUCUUCGUCCAUUUUGCCGGCCAGGGCCGAGUCCGUUGGCACUAUGGCGCAGCUCAUCCCAUCCUCUCUGAUAUCGAGAGGAGCUACGUCACCGCCCACGGACGCGGAUGGCUUGCUAAUGAAGCCGAAGCACGUACGCAUCUCGUGCUCGGCGCCGUAGAUGAAGGCUUGCUCUGGUUCGACUUCCGUGAAAUGUGGCAAAUCUGCAGUGCUGUACUGAUCGUUGGAGGCACAUGCCUGGGCGCCUUCAUACUGUCCUACUACACUCCGACGGUUGGUCUCGGUUGCAGAAGUGGCGGAUAUGUCAUUUUCUGCGUCACUUCUUUCGCAUUGCUGGUAUUCGAGCUUUUGCAUCACGCAUAUCAAUCAGCAGCACACAGUGAUCCUGAUUGA